AUGUUUGCGGAUUUUUUUGUCCGGAAAAUUGAUACAAUUCGUUCUCAACUACAUUUGGCUACUGUAGAUAAUCUGCUAGGAUUUGAAUCUUCCUGUGAGACCGUUGAAAAGUUGGAAUAUUUUAGUUCAGUUUCUGAGCAUCAGAUUGAAAACAUUAUUCGGUUAACUAACAACAAAUCAUGUGAACUUGAUCCAAUUACAACUUGGCUUUUGAAGCAAUGUAUUCCUGCCUUACUCCAGAUUAUAACAAAAAUUGUCAACCUGUCGUUGCAUGAUGCAUUCAUGCCUACCCUGUUCAAACAAUCCUUUUUGACACCAAUACUGAAGAAUAUUUCCCUCAGCACAGAUGAAGAAAACAGUUUCAGACCAAUAUCUAAUCUUUCUUAUGUCUCAAAAUUAAUUGAGAAAGUGGUGGAUACCCAAUUAACAAAUCAUAUUCAGGAACAUAAUUUAGAUGAAAGCUUACAGUCGGCUUAUAAGAAACACCAUUCUACUGAAACUGCCUGGGUUCGGCUACACAAUGAUAUUUUAUCUGAGUUGGAUGACAAUAAAACUGUACUGUUGGUUAGCCUUGAU